CUUUGACAUGUCUGUGCUCUGACUGCAAACAAGCCAACUCCACGUGCGAGACGGACGGCGCCUGCAUGGUCUCAGUCUUCAACCUGGAUGGUGUCAAACACCACGUUCGGACCUGCAUUCCUGAGGCAAAGCUGAUUCCUGCUGGGAAACCCUUCUACUGCCUGAGUUCAGAGGAUCUGCGGAAUACCCACUGCUGCUACUCCGAUUUUUGCAACAAAAUUGAUUUAAUGGUUCCCAGCGGACACCUGAAAGACAACGAGCCCCCAUCCAGCUGGGGUCCUGUGGAGCUGGUGGCAGUGAUUGCUGGGCCUGUGUUCCUUGUGUUUGUUGUGAUGAUCAUUGUGGUGUUUGUGUUCCAUCACCACCAACGAGUCUAUCACAACCGCCAGCGCCUGGACAUGGAAGACCCUUCUUGUGAAAUGUGCCUUUCCAAGGACAAGACCUUGCAAGAUCUGGUCUAUGAUCUCUCCACCUCCGGCUCUGGCUCAGGUUUGCCUCUGUUUGUCCAGCGGACCGUGGCUCGGACGAUUGUCCUUCAGGAGAUCAUUGGCAAGGGCCGCUUUGGGGAGGUGUGGAGGGGCAGGUGGCGUGGAGGUGACGUGGCUGUCAAGAUCUUCUCCUCCCGUGAGGAGCGCUCCUGGUUCAGGGAAGCAGAGAUCUAUCAGACGGUGAUGCUGCGGCACGAGAACAUCCUGGGCUUCAUUGCUGCAGACAACAAAGAUAAUGGGACAUGGACUCAGCUGUGGCUUGUCUCUGACUACCAUGAGCACGGCUCUCUCUUUGACUACCUGAAUCGCUACACGGUGACUAUCGAGGGCAUGAUCAAGCUGGCCCUGUCUGCUGCCAGUGGGCUGGCCCACCUGCACAUGGAGAUCGUUGGCACUCAGGGAAAACCUGGGAUUGCUCACAGAGACCUGAAAUCCAAGAACAUCUUGGUGAAGAAGAACGGCACGUGUGCCAUCGCUGACCUGGGCCUGGCCGUCCGGCACGACUCGGUCACCGACACCAUUGACAUCGCCCCAAACCAGAGGGUUGGCACCAAACGAUACAUGGCCCCAGAAGUCUUGGAUGAAACCAUCAACAUGAAACAUUUUGAUUCAUUUAAAUGUGCUGAUAUCUACGCCUUGGGCUUGGUCUACUGGGAGAUUGCCCGAAGGUGCAACGCAGGAGGUAUCCAUGAGGAGUAUCAGCUUCCCUACUACGACCUUGUCCCCUCUGAUCCUUCCAUUGAGGAGAUGCGGAAGGUCGUGUGUGACCAGAAAUUACGGCCAAACAUCCCAAACUGGUGGCAGAGCUACGAGGCACUACGGGUGAUGGGCAAGAUGAUGCGAGAGUGCUGGUACGCCAACGGAGCGGCUCGGCUCACUGCCCUCCGCAUUAAGAAAACCCUCUCCCAGCUCAGUGUCCAGGAAGAUGUGAAAAUUUAGGCUCUGAGCCUCAGCAGGAGGAAACUGCACAGGAGCUGCUGUGCUAGAGUAGACGUGUGAUGGAGGCCUACCUCGUGUUUCAGCCCAACCUACUGCUACAACCAGACAGCGGGACCUGCAGGCUGCUAGGCAGGGGGACGGAGCCUACAG